CCCUCACGGAAACACUAACCCCGAGGUAGUUCGAGACUGCUAUCACUGAACUGGUCUUGGGCACGAUUGGAAAGUCAGGAUCCUGAGAAGCUAGCCCAAUGUGUGUACAGCUGUGGUGAUAUCACUAUUCGAGAUAUCAUACGCCAGUCAAAAUCUUCCAGUCCAGAAACACCGAAGGUGAUCGAAAUCACAGUCUUUCACAAUUCCAGAGACCUCAAACAUUGUAAUCACUACGACUGUACACACAUUCUAUCGAAUUAAAGUACAGGACGAGCCGUCGUCCUGAAAUUAACCGUCCUGAAGCACCACAAUCCCAUCGCGCUCUCUCCGAGGCUCCUCCCGCCGAUCGAUGCCCCAGCCCAAGAUGGAAUCCAGAUGGAAUAUCCCUCUCGCGGGCGCGGAAACCGAAAUCUAUCGAGCUCGCCAUGUUUCGGACGUCGUUGGGCGGGGAGUGGGGAGGGAGGGCGUCGGGAGCGGUUUCGAGCCUGGCAGCGAGGGACGCCGAGGGACGACCGGAGUGCUGACGAAGGACGAGCGGAGAGGCCACAGCAGCACACACCUGCUUAUCUUCGGGAGCAUCCAAGUAGCCAAGGCGCCACUUGGCAGGCGGGCGCAGGCCGAGCGAGGCUCCAGAUCGGCUGGCAGGACCAAUCAAGGGGUGGGACGGAGGUGUCGCUCUUCUCCGGCGCCGGGAGGAUUCGAGGUCGCACAUCCGACUGAGCAUCCCCGUGCCCGCGCGGGGUUCCACGCUGGUCGACCCAUGACGACGACCUCCACCACCCGAGCGACGGCUCUGCUCUUACAGCCCGGCUCCGUACGGUGCCGAACUGCUGCUCGGCAGCCAUGGCCAGGAUUCUAGCGACUCCCUCGCGUGGGCUCACGGGCUUGGGAUGCAGGCAGCAGCGAGAGGGAGCCGGAACCGCGUGCACUGCCGCCUCAAAGACCUUGCGGAUCGUCGGAUCCUUCAGACCGUCGGCCGGACCCAGUUCUCCUCUCGAGCCUUGUACAAGCCGAGCUGUACAUGCUCCGGCUCGGACCCCGAUAAGCAGGCCGAGUCGUGUCCGAGGCCACGGAGGACAGACGAGAAUGAGUAACAAGGCGCAGGUGGAUCAGGCGAGCGGUGGCUUGGGGACGGAGGAUUCGAAGGAAGACGAUGAAACGUGUGAAAUCGUGAGUCGAUUCAACGUGACGCUCGGCGAAAGCUCCGACCCAUUCCAGGGAUACAUGGUUCAGGCCAUCAAGAACAACAACGGGGCAGCUCUGCUCUUUCUGAGCGACGUCUAUGGAUUCGAAGACACUGACACUCGAGACUUCGCGUACAGGCUGGCAUGCUUCGGAUACAACGUCCUCGUACCGGACCUCUUUCGGGGCGCACCUCGGGAGAAAUCCGCGAGUCCGGACACUUACGAAGAGUGGCGAGAGCAGCACCAGCCGGAAAGGGUCGCUGCAGACGUCGAUGCCGCAACGAAGUGGUUGGCGAAUGAGUUCUCUGCCGGGAAGCUCGGCGUGAUAGGCUUCUGCUUCGGAGGAGGUCGUCUUAUCGAGGUCCUGGCAAGGGAUGAGGAUGAUCUCUUUUCCGGUGCUGCAUUCUGCUACGGGACCCGAUUUGAUAUUGAACUCGUAUCGAAGGUCAAAAUACCUCUUCUCAUCAUUGCGGGCGAUGGCGAUGAUUUGUGUCCUGUGAGUACCAUUUCGAGAAUGGAGCAGUUGGCCAAAGAAGGAACCAAGGUCAAGGUUUAUCCCGGUUUCGGCCAUGCUUUUGUCCAUCGCCCUACGACUUCGGAAGCCGAUGAAGCUGCCGAGGACGCUUUCGCAGAAAUUCGUCACUGGUUUCAUGAUUCCCUGCUUCCCAAGACGGAGUGAAGCUUUGGGAGUACACUGCUUGUAACGGGUCGUGCAACUCCCCUUGUAGAACAGGCUGUAAAAUAGUGUAAUAAGAUAUCAUUAUCUCUCAGGAGGACCGCGUUCACACUUUUACUUGCAUGACGCGGCCGGUUGAGAUCGGAAAGUUGUAUAACGAACUGCCUUCACAUUGUUCUUGUGUUCAUUGUAGGCUAUGAUAAACGUUUUCAGAGUAAAGAUCGAUAUUGGU